CAGUUUCCUUCUGAAUUCCCUUCCUCAUCUUCAACCCUUUUGCUUCUCCAUAUCAGAAUCACUUUUUCAACCAAAUCAAUUUUCUCAAAUCUGAUUAUUUCUCAGCAGCAACAAUGGUGUUUCAGAAAGAACCAGAAGCAGGUUCCUCCUCCUACUCCCUCCCACCCUACCCUCGAGAAGACACACCUCUCCUCUCCAAAUCCCCACCUCUCUCCUCCAAAUUCAAAACCUUCGCCAACAUCUUCAUCUCCAUCGUCGGCGCCGGAGUCCUCGGCCUCCCUUACUGCUUCAAGCGAACCGGCUGGCUCACCGGCCUCAUCAUGCUCUUCACCGUCGCCUUCCUCACCUACCACUGCAUGAUGCUCCUCGUCUCCACUCGCCGCAAGCUCGAUUCCCUCACUGGGUACUCCAAACUCGGAUCCUUCGGCGACCUCGGCUUCGCCAUCUGCGGCCCGCUCGGCCGCCUCGCCGUCGACGCCAUGAUUGUCCUCUCCCAGGCUGGAUUCUGCGUCAGCUACCUCAUCUUCAUCGCGACCACUCUCGGCUUCCUCACCAGCAACGCCGCCGGCGACACCGUGCCGGUUUUCCUGGGCUUAACUCCGAAGGUGUUGUUUCUAUGGGGUUGUUUCCCUUUUCAGCUAGGGUUGAAUUCAAUCCCUACUUUGACCCAUUUGGCUCCUUUGAGUAUUUUUGCUGAUGCUGUUGAUCUUGCUUCCAAGAGUGCUGUCAUGGUGGAAGAUGUGUUUGUGUUUCUUCAGAAUAAACCUGAAUUGAUAGCUUUCAAGGGUUUCUCUGUGUUUUUCUAUGGAAUUGGUGUGGCUGUUUAUGCUUUUGAAGGGAUAGGAAUGGUUUUGCCAUUGGAAUCAGAGGCUAAAGAUAAGGACAAGUUUGGGAAGGUUUUGGGUUUGGGGAUGGGUAUGAUUUCUGUAUUGUUUGGUGCUUUUGGUGCUCUGGGUUACUUUGCUUUUGGUGAAGAGACCAAGGCUAUCAUCACUACUAAUUUGGGUCAGGGUUUGAUUAGUGUGAUGGUGCAGUUGGGGCUUUGUAUCAACCUGUUCAUUACUUUUCCUUUGAUGAUGAACCCUGUCUAUGAGGUGUUUGAGAGAAGGUUUUGUAGCUAUAGGUAUUGCUUGUGGCUCAGGUGGGUUUUGGUGUUUGUGGUGAGCUUGGUGGCACUAUUGGUGCCUAAUUUUGCUGAUUUUCUGUCAUUGGUUGGAAGUAGUGUUUGUGUUGUUCUUGGCUUUGUGUUGCCUGCCAUGUUUCAUUGUUUAGUUUUUAAGGAAGAGUUGGGUUGGAGGUGCAUGGUUCCGGAUGUGGCAAUUGUGGUUUUCGGGUUUGUUGUUGCAGUUACAGGAACCAUCAGUUCUGUGUCGGAGAUUCUUUCACCGAUGGCCUGAUCGAGCAGAGAAUAACUGGGGAAGUUCAGUUGUUUUGAUGGGGAAUCGUAAUGCAUUUUUGGAUACAUGUUAGAUUUUCGCGGUAGCAUAAUUGAUUCUGGAAGAUUUGAACGUGAAUUCAAACAUGUUGUUAGUUGGUGUUAAAUGUUGCUAGCUGAUUGAUGAACUUGGUUUCCUUCAAUGGAGAUUCUUGCCCUCAAAUUGUAUUGGGCAGGAAUUCUUUUACUUUAGUCAUCAAUUAGAGGUGAUGCCAUUCUGAAUUGUUUUUGUUUAGUAAAUCAGAUGGUGAUCAAGCUAGGCUAAGUAUUUUGUUUUUGUUGUUGUAAGCUGUUUUUUGAUAUUGUAAAAAGUUGCAUCUCUAUUUGGUUGGAAUUGAAUGUAUAAAGAAUAAAGAUAACAGGUAACUUGUGUUACCUGAACUUUUUUGA